AUGAUUAUAAGAAAUAUAAUAGUUUUGGUUAUAUUUUUGACUGUUUGCCCGUAUCCCUGUGCUGGACAUGGAAGAAUGAUGGAUCCACCAGCUAGGAACAGUAUGUGGAGACUUGGAUUUAAUAACCCUGUUAAUUAUAACGAUAAUGAACUAUAUUGUGGCGGUCGCAUGGUCCAAUGGAUAAGAAACAAAGGGAAAUGCGGAAUCUGUGGAGAUCCAUACCACGGAAACCGACCACAUGAAGCUGGUGGAAAGUUUGCCAAUGGUGUUAUUGGUAAGAGCUAUCACGAAGGAGAAGUUAUUCCAGUAGUUGUUCAUCUUACAGCUAAUCAUCAAGGCUGGUUUGAAUUCAAGAUUUGUCCAGUGAACGACCCCAAGACAAAGGUUACCCAAAAAUGUUUAGAUCAACAUGUUCUACAGAGAGCUGAUGGUAAAGGAACGACUUUUCCGAUUCCUCAAGGAAAAUACAACGCUUUUUUUAAUUUUAGUGUUAAACUUCCCGAAGGAUUAACAUGCAAGCAAUGUGUUAUUCAGUGGAAAUACAGGACGGGUAAUACCUGGGAUAAAGACGACAGAUCGGGAGUUUUCUGUCUUGGAUGUGGACCUCAAGAAGAGUUUUACAAUUGUGCAGAUGUCGAAAUCUUA